AUGCCUUCUGCAAACAAUAACCUUCAAUCCGCCUUACCAAACAACAUGAAAGAAUAUGAACUCCUCGUCAUCCCACCACCGUCUCCAAAGAGUCCCACCCAACCAGUCCUUCGAACAAAAAGAAUCAGUUGCAACCAGACCAAUGGAUCGUUUUUCUGGAUUCCCGAGGGAUUUCGUCCUGUUUUGGUGCGCACUUCGGAUUUGCCCUUGAUUGUAGGUUCUGAAUAUAACCCACCGUCGCCAAGCAAUUCCUCCGGAUACGCAAGUGGAGAUGAAUCCGAAUUGUAG